ACCUGAAGCACCCAGCCAAAGAAAUCCAAAGUCAAGCCCUUGCAACCGGAAAAUAUGCUAAACAGAAGAGUGAAAUGGAAAAUGGGCCAAAGAAAGUGAAUUAUAGACCUAAAAGUAAAUUUCGCACAGAACCAAGGCUCAAUGAAAUGAUAAAAGAAAUCAAACAUAAAAAUGGGGAGAGCCCAAAUUAUCCUAAAUGGAAUAUGACAAAUCGAGGUAAACAUUUUGUGCCAGUGAAUAUGAAAGAAAUUAGAACUUGA